AUGGGCAAAACAGACGUCCCGGGAGUCGCACUCAUUUCUGGCUCGGGCUCUGGCAUCGGACGAGCAACAGCUCUAGCAUUUGCGCACGCAGGUUGCACUCGUCUUGCGCUCCUCGACCUGAACGAAGAAGGUCUCUCGACCACCCAGAAACUCAUCGAGGAGGCAGUUGGCAGCAACGCCUCUUUAAAAAUCCACAUUUACAAGUGUGAUGUUUCCAACCCAGAUAGUGUCACGCAGGCCUACGCCGACGUCAAAGAAACAUUCGGUCGUCUCGACUAUGCCGUACACUGCGCAGGGAUCAUCCUCUUUGGCCGCUCGACCGACUUCCCCCUCGAGGAUUUCGACAGGCAGAACACGGUGAAUUACCGCGGCUUGUGGCUGUGUUCUCGCGAAGCCCUACGGAUUAUGCGCACUCAAUCCCUGGAUUGCGAUGCAUACCCCGAAGCCCACAUUUCCCCGACUCGCGCCCAGCGUGGGAGCAUUGUCAAUAUCUCCUCCGGCCUCGCAUUGUCAUCGCAGUCCAACUGUCCUGCAUACAGCGGCGCCAAAGCCGGUGUUUUGGCAGUCACUCGCUCAGAUGCGAUCGACUAUGCGUGUGAACGUAUCCGGGUGAACGCUGUGUUGCCCGGGAUCGUGGAUUCCCCAAUGACAAACCCGGACCCUGCAACCAGGGAGUGGCUCGAAAAGAACCCGGUCCAGAGCACGCCGAUGAGGAGAUUCGGAGUGCCGGAGGAAAUCGCGGACGUUUGCGUCUUUUUGGCGGGCAACAAGGCGAGCUUUGUCACCGGCGCGGGCUGGAGUGUUGACGGUGGGUUCAUUGCAGGGACGGCAUAUUGA